AUGUCUGCCCCUCCAGUAUAUGACGCCGAAGGUCACUACUCGCAGGCUUCGACGACAUCGUUGCCUGCUUACCAACGUCACGAUUCCGCAAAUGCAGCCAUAACAUCUACCCAACACACCUUCACGCUCAAUGACAGCAAGACCAAGAUUCGUGCAUCUCUCAGCCUCACGAGUAACGCAACUGCUCCAGAAAGUCUCCCCGUCUUCUUGGAGGGGAACAUUGUGAGCGGCUCCCUCGCCGGGAAUAUUCCUUGGGGGCAGAAGGUUACCCGAAUCGUGGUCUUGGUCCGGGGAGAGAUUUGGCUAGGCGGUCCCGCAAACGACGUCAACAGAUCGCCGCACCUCCAAUCCGACAAACUCAGAUUCUUAAAUAUCGUGGUAACAUUAUGGGAAAGGGCCCACGGAGCAGAGCUUAUCCAAGGAGAGUUCAAGUGGCCGUUUUCUAUCCCACUACCGAAGGAGGUUCUACUCAACGACCCUGGAGAGCCAAAAGUACAGCGAAAAUAUUCCCUCCCGCAAACAUUUCUCGAACGUGGUUCACCGGUGACCUUGCACUACUCGAUAAUGGCGCGAAUCGUCUACAAAAACAUGUUUCGCGAUGUUGACGCAGAAAUCAAAACAAUGUUCGUUUAUGUUCCCGCGAUUCGACCAGACCCACCUUCGCGUUUGCGCCAGCUUGCUUAUCGAAGCAAUUCUUCUAUUCCCGGUCCGGAAAUUGAUCCAGCCGGCUGGUAUCUCUGCAUGCCAAUAGUUGUUCAGGGUAUCGUGUUCAACGCCCGCCCCAUUCAACUUCAGUGUUUGCUCGCUCUUGCUGAGCCACUCUGUUACACGCGCGGAGGGUUUAUACCUUGUCUUCUCACUUAUAAUUGCGCCGAUAAACAAGCACUGGAUUUGCUCGCUACUCCAUCCGCCAUUUCCAUCUGUCUACAGCGUAGGAUGACCUGUGCACCAUUUCGCACAAGCAGUGGCCAUUAUCCCCUUGCAGCAAAUGACGUCCACGAAUGCGCUCGAGCAACUUGGUCGCUUGCGGCACCUAAUUAUCAGCGCCGGGACACACGAGUGUUCGAAGGCGAGAUUGCAGUUCCGAAAACUUUAAAGCCGACCUCCGCUCUGGCUCAAUUUACUCUUGAUUAUUAUGUUGUACUACAGCCUCCACGCGCGACUGGAUUCGCCUCCACUGGUGUCAGUGGCCCACUCUUGAGCCAAGAAGUAAAAAUUGCGACUAUAUUUCCUCGGGGAACGAGACCUCGAUCCAAUGCUCCUACUAGUAUAAUUUAA